GGGAAAAACUGGCCAGCCGACUGCCGAGGUGCGCGGUCGAAGUGUCGUCAACUUCUGCUGUGCACUACUCUUUGAUAGGACGUGUUUUGAACGGGUUCGACUUGAAAUUGUAAUGAAUAUUAACAAAAAAAACGAAUGUAUAAAUUAAUUAAAUUUAACGACUCCGACGAUAUAUGUUAAAAAAUAUCUUGUACGCGCAAUACCAACCAGGGCACUCGUUGAUUGUCGGAUGGAUAACAUGAUCUGAAAAUGAUAACUCAACUAGCGGUUUUCAUCUUUCACGACUGCACAAUGGAUCAUUGAAAUAUUAAGUUAUAGAAUUUGUUUUUUUAAUUUUUGGUGAAAAAAAGUCAUUAUGUUGAUAAAGGAGUAUCGUAUACCUCUUCCACUAAGUGUUGAGGAGUAUCGAAUUGCCCAACUGUAUAUGAUAGCAAAAAAAAGCAGAGAAGAAAGCAAAGGAGCUGGCAGUGGUGUUGAAAUCUUAGUUAAUGAACCAUAUGAAGGAGGACCUGGAGGAGAUGGUAAUGCAGGUCAUGGACAGUAUACACGUAAAAUUUAUCAUGUUGGAAGCCAUUUACCAAGUUGGUUUAAAGGUCUAUUACCAAAGUCUGCUUUAUCUGUUGAAGAAGAAGCUUGGAAUGCAUAUCCAUAUACUAAAACCCGAUAUACGUGUCCAUUUGUAGAGAAAUUUUCUUUAGAAAUUGAAACCUACUAUUAUCCAGAUAAUGGAUCUUAUGAUAAUGUGUUCAAAAUGUCUCCAAGUGAAGUACGGAAUGUUUCUGUUGAUUUAAUAGAUAUCGUAAAAGACCAAUUAUAUGGUGCCGACUAUAUCAAAGAAGAAGACCCAUCAUGUUAUGUCAGUGAAAAAACAGGCCGUGGACCUUUAUCAGACAAUUGGAUUUCUGAUUAUUGGAAUGAAUGCCAAAACAAAACUAUGCCUACAGCUUCUGGUAAAUCAAUUAUGUGUGCAUAUAAGUUGUGUAAAGUUGAGUUUCGUUAUUGGGGUAUGCAAACUAAAAUCGAAAAAUUCAUUCAUGAAGUUGCAUUAAGAAAAACUAUGGUUCGAGCACAUCGUCAAGCGUGGGCUUGGCAAGACGAAUGGGUUAAUUUAACUAUGGACGAUAUUCGUCAGAUUGAACGACAAACUCAAGAGGCGCUUAAAAGGAAAAUGGGAAGUAAUAGCAGUGAUUCUGAAAUGGGUGAUGGAACUGAAAUUGUAGAAGACACAAAAAUUAGUUUGGCUGCAACAAUGGGUAGUAUAGAAAAAAGUGAUCUCGAAAUUACUACACCUGUUACAUCAAAACGUAUGCAAGAUGCUACUUUGUAUUCUCAAGCACCGUGUGCAUCUAGUAGUUCUGAAACAAUAUCAAGCAAUGUUCAACCAUCAACGUCAAGCAUGCGUAUUCCAGUAAAAAAAAGUUGGAGUAGUUCCAAGUCUCAAUUACCCUCUCCAGGAUCAACUCAAAGUUAUGAAACUGCACCUAAUUGGAGAAUGGAAAGUUUGGUUCGAGACUCUGAUUCUGAUUUAAGUAAUGAUGACGAGUUUUUUGAUUGUCAAGAAAUUCUUCCAUCAUCUGAAAUUGUUUCACUAGCCAAGUGGAGUUCAUUAACUAUAUUAAAUGAACAAGAGUUUGAUUCAUCUAGUUUACCUGAAAAAGAUGAAGAUAGCAUAUUUUCGCCCACUACAAAAAAACCAUCACCUUUUAUUCAAAGAGGUCAUAGUGUCGAUACAUGCCCAGGUUCGCCUGUAAUCAACAAAGAAACAAAUUGUCAAAUAAGUGCCCUUUUAUUGAUAAUACAUUCUGGUAGUGUGUUAGAUGCGAAUUCUGAUCUAAUGGCAAAAAAAUCAGAUUUUACUACGUUUAGAGGAGCUUUUGAAUCUGUUAUGAGGCAGCAUUAUCCGAAUAUGAUUGGUCGCGUUGCUAUGAGACUUAUUCCAUGUCCAUCUAUUUGUGCUGAAGGCCUGAGCGUGUUAUCAAAGCUGAGUCCUUAUAGCUUUGAUGUGUCUCCAUCAGGUAUGGAAUCUACAAACAUUACACAUGACUCUGUUCCAAUUGGCGCUAUUCCUAUAUUGGCUGGAUGUUCUCAUGACUAUUUAGAGAUUGUAUCCAGUGUUAUUCGUAUGGCUAAUCAAGUUUAUCGAGAUUUUAUUAAAUCUAGUGAAGGCUUUGGAUUUAACGGUCGGGUUUAUAUUAUAGGCGAUUCGAUGGGUUCAGUAAUAGGAUAUGAUGCAUUAUGUAGAACUUCCCACAAUAACAGUAGACACAGCACUCCAGAACACAUUAUGAAAAAAAAUGACAUUGAUGAUUGUACAUCAGUUGCCAGUAUGGAUUCAGCUUUCAAGGUUUUAGUUACUCCACCCUUGAGACGGAAAUCGUCUUACAAUGACAAUGUUUGCUUGGAGUUUGAAGUUAAUGAAAUGUUUAUGUUUGCAUCACCUUUAUCACUUGUGUUAGCAUUUAGAAAAAUGUCAGCACAUAAGAAUGAUAAAUCUGCAUCAAUUCGACGUCCUUCUUUACAACAGAUAUAUAACUUAUUUCAUCCAUCUGAUCCAAUAGCUUCAAGAUUAGAACCAUUGAUCUCUGCUAAAUUCUCGAUUUUACCACCUGUAAACAUUCCACGUUAUCAAAAAUAUCCAUUAGGAACCGGACAACCUUAUUACUUGCUAGAAGCAGUGCAAACAAACCCUCAACUGUUUUCGGAAACAAACCAUACUAGACGCACAUCUGAAGCUAGUAUUUUAAGUACGGUAUCUGGAAUUGGUGAUACAUUACCAAUUCAAGCAAUCAAUAAAUUGACUAAAAAAUGGUGGGGAUCUAAAAGACUGGAUUAUGCCUUAUAUUGUCCUGAUGGAUUAUCCAAUUUUCCAACAAAUGCAUUACCUCAUAUAUUCCAUGCUAGUUAUUGGGAAUCUUCAGACGUCAUUGCAUUUAUUCUAAGACAAUUUGUGACUUUUGACUACAACAGUUCAGCUGGAAAUGAAGAAAAGGAAUUAGCUAGCUUUAGUCCAAGUCAACCACGUGAGAAAUGGCAACGUAAAACAACUUUCAUAAAAAUCAAAAAUUCUACAGCUAGUCAUCGAGCUAACGAUGUAAUUAUUCGAGAAGGUUUGCCUCAAACUAUAAGUGCUCGUUUUAUUUAUGGUCCAUUUGAUAUGUUCUCUUUAGCUGGUGAAAAAGUUGAUAUUCAUAUCAUCAGAGAUCCUGGUAGUGGCGAAUGGUCCCAUUUAACUACAGAAGACUCGGACAAAAAUGGACGUGUUGUAUAUACUAUUCCUGAAAAUAAAUCCCUUGGAUUUGGUAUUUACCCAGUUAAAAUGGUUGUGAGAGGGGAUCAUACCAGUGUUGACUUUUUGUUAGCUGUUGUUCCACCUCAAACUGAAAUUGUAGUAUUCAGUAUAGAUGGUUCAUUUUCUGCUAGUGUCUCUGUUACUGGUCGUGACCCAAAAGUUAGACCAGGAGCUGUUGAUAUUGUGAGACAUUGGCAAGAUUUGGGGUACCUGAUUGUUUAUAUUACAGGAAGACCUGAUAUGCAACAACAACGUGUUUUAUCAUGGUUAAGUCAGCAUAAUUUCCCACAUGGACUAGUCUCUUUUGCCGAUGGGCUUUCUACAGAUUUUCUUGCUCAUAAAAUUACAUAUCUUAAAAGUCUUGUUCAGGAUCAUAAAAUGAUUAUACAUGCUGCUUAUGGAAGUAGUAAGGAUAUUUCUGUGUACAGUGCUCUUGAUCUAAAACCCAAACAGAUUUUUAUUAUUGGCAAAGUGGGGCGCAAGCACCAUGCUAUGGCAACAGUAUUAUGUGAUGGAUAUGCCGCACAUUUAUCUGCAUUACAAUGUCACGGAGGUUCUAGACCAGCACAAGGAAAUGCUCGAAUGUUAUUGACACCAAGAGGACGAUUUGGACAUAAUACGUCUAUGAGACGUAGAAGGUGUCACGAGAAGAGAUCUGGCGAUGUGCACGGGUCCAAUAAUUGAUGCAUACUUGACCGCAUAUUAUGGUGCAAGUAGAUGCCAGGUCUGCAAAAAGGACGACGUCAUUUCCGAUUUGCUCGUUAGCAAGAACCACUAACCGUAACAGGUAUGAUAAUCUUUGAUGUUGUUCUUGGUCGUGUUUUCACUGUCAUUCUUCAGAUGGAUCCUGAUAAUGGCAGUAACAUGUCUAUGGAAUAUAGACAAUUUGUUUUUUUUUUUUUUUGUGAUUUAGAUUGUUACUACCUUUGUGAAUUAUUGUUAUUGUGUCUUAUAAAUUUAGCACAUUCCUCUUUCCCGUGAUGUCUUUACAGUUUUUUCCAUUAUUGUUAUUGUUUUGUAUAGAUUUUAUUUUGUUAAAUUUGUUGAGAUCACAAUAUAUCUUACUAAUCAUUCAAAAAGGCUGUUCGGGGCAUAUUGAUAAUGUUCAGUACAAAACAAGAUAAUUUUUCUUUAAAAACUGUUUUUUAAUAUGUCGAUAUUUAAUGUGUCAAGUAUUAAAUUCUAAAAUGUUAUUUCAACUAUUAACCAAUUUUAUACUCAUAAGCUGCUGUAAUUUCUAGUCGACUUUUUGAUCAAAAUAUAUUUAGAUUUGUAGCCAAUAUGUUUUUGUUUAGAUAAUUUAUCAUGUUUUUAAAUGGAAUAUGUUUUGUAAAAUGAAAAAUAUGUGAUAUUUUUUUAUGUUUUCUUCCUUGUAACUAAAAUUCAUAACAAAUGAAUCAAUUUUUAUAUAAUAAAUAGGAAUAUUAUUGUUUUAAUGUAAAUUAAUAUAAUAUUAUGAUAAUAAAUGUGACAUUCAAAUUUGCUGAGGGCUGUAUCUCAACUGUACUACACACUUCUAGUUGUUAAGAAACCUACAUAUAUUAUGCUAUUAUUGUUCACUGAUGCUAUUUUUAAUAGACGUGAGUAAAAAUGUAUAUAUACACACAAGUGUAUACGUUUAUAUCAAACUGUAUAAUAUGUAGAUUUUGCUGGUUUGAGUAAAUCACUUAUUUACUACA